AGUAUCGAAGAAGAGGUUGCUCUUUCUUGAGGUCUCCUAGAAGGGCAGGCCGGGAAAGGGCAAGGUGACACAGUGAAGAAGCCCUGGGAAAGGGUGAAAGAAUAUAAUUAAUCAUUGGCAAGACGAUCCAGAUGAAGAAAUUGGGUCUUAGAAAGGGCAAGUGAUUUUUCCAAGAAGGAAGAAAACAUGCAAGCAUGAAGCUGGAUGUAUACCUGCUUUUGGCUCAUCGUCAGGACCUGAAUCCAUCCCAGACUUAGUGUGAAGACCCAUGUCUAAUAAGAGAACUCAUCAACUAGCUCUGGGAAGGUCUUGGAAGCCCAGAACUAAACUAGACCCUGAUGCCCCAGCAGCUGGUUGUGAAAUUCCAGCUUCAUUGUAGAUGCCAACCUUCAGAAGCCGCCGCUGUGCCAGGCACCACCGGGCAUCUCCGCUGCCAGUCGGGCAGCUCGGGAGCCAGCUUCAACGGAUAUACGGGCAUCCGCAGCCUGGGCCUUGCCGGGCGCCUCCGAUUCUGCCCCCGGCCCCUCGGGGCACUUCGGGGCCAGCUCUGCGGAACAGGGCGGUCCCGAGCAGCUCCGAGCCCGCAGACGCCGCCGCAGACGCCGCCACGAUGCUGCCCUGGAGACGGAGCAAGUUCGUGUUGGUAGAGGAUGAGUCCAAGCGCAAGGGAAAGAGCCUGAGCCCCCGGCUUGCCUACACGUCGCUGCUCUCUACCUUCCUGCGCUCUUGCCCGGACCUGCUGCCCGACUGGCCCCUGGAGCGCCUGGGUCGGGUCUUCCGCAGCAGGCGCCAAAAAGUGGAGCUCAACAAGGAGGACCCCACUUACACCGUGUGGUACCUGGGCAACGCCGUCACCCUGCACGCCAAGGGCGACGGCUGCACCGAUGACGCCGUGGGCAAGAUCUGGGCGCGCAGCGGGCCGGCGGGGGGCACCAAGAUGAAGCUGACGCUGGGACCCCACGGCAUCCGCAUGCAGCCCUGCGAGCGCAGCGGGAGCUCGGGGGCGCGGCGGCCGGCGCACGCCUACCUGCUGCCGCGCAUCACCUACUGCGCGGCGGACCGCCGCCACCCGCGCGUGUUCGCCUGGGUGUACCGCCACCAGGCGCGCCACAAGGCCGUGGUUCUGCGCUGCCACGCAGUGCUGCUGGCGCGGGCGCACAAGGCGCGGGCCCUGGCGCGCCUGCUGCGCCAGACGGCUCUGGCCGCCUUCACCGACUUCAAACGGCUGCAGAGGCAGAGCGACGCGCGCCACGUGCGCCAGCAGCACCUCCGGGCGGCCGCGGGGGCCGCAGCCGCCUCGGUGCCCCGAGCGCCCCUGCGCCGCCUGCUCAACGCCAAGUGCGCGUAUCGGCCGCCGGCCGCGGAGCGCGGCCGCGGCGCGCCUCGCCUCAGCAGCAUCCAGGAGGAGGAUGAAGAGGAGCAAGAGCCGGAGGAGGAGGAGGAAGAGGAGGAGGAGGAGGAGGAGCCCGAGCGGGAGCGAAGCUUAGAGCGCCGUGAGGUCCGGGGCCGGCAGCGCGAGCGCCCCGAGGUGCUGAGCUUGGCCCGGGAGCUGAGGACGUGCAGCCUGAGGGGCUCCGCAGCCGCCACUCCCCGGGCCCCACCCCCGACCCCUCCCCACAAGGGCUGCCUGCCCGCCCUAAAGCGCCCUACCUUGGAUUCUGCUGUUCGGCAACCCCUUCCCGGCCCCCUGCCCCCACACCAGGCCCUGUGUGUUGUAGGGGGGUGGUAGUUGGCGCCUGGUGGCUAGCGUAGAGGCCCCUCUGAGACCUCCCUUGCACUCCAAACACUUCCCCAACUCAGGAUCUCCUUCCUUCCCUUUCUCUGGCCCUCUCCGAACAAGCCUGUCCCCGUGCCACCAGACCCCCGGCCUUUCCCUUCCCCACCACCUCAUGAGAAGGGAUGGAGGGUCUGGGAUGGUUUUUUCCCCCCCGACCCAGGCAAUGGAGAUGUGGCUGCAACUGGGAGGGUUAGAACUCUGUUUUAGAAAUCCCUCUUCUCUUACCCCUAGGGGACCUGGGGGUACUUAACAUGAGGAUAGUACUGUGAACCAGAGGAACUGGAAGGGGACAACUGGGGCCCCUACUUCUCUGCUCAGGACUUGCCUCCAAGAUGACUCAGCACCCCCACAGACUGGAGGGGUGAAUGGCCCCUAGACCCUCCCUACCCCAUCACCUCUCCAAAGGUCGGGGGCUACUUUCUGUCUUUACUUUUCACCCUUCUUAGCCCUGCCACUGGAGGAGAGACUAGGACAUAUCCUGGCAGUUGGACAGAAAACCAGGCCUAUUGUAGUGGCACCUUCUUCUGGGCCCAGCAGCCUCUUGCCAUCCCUACAGGACUGCUGAUCCCCACCAGGGCUCUCUUCUCUGCAGAUUCAGGUGUAGGUGGAUCUAUUUAGGAGACCCCCCCACCCCACCCCCAAUCACCCUGGACCAGGAUGAGGCACUGCAGGAGGUAAGGUGACUACAGGGCAGGUGCUCCAGGCACUGGUGUUACUUGGGGGCUGAGUCCCUAAAAUGAAGACCGUCCCAAAGGGAGCACCAUAGAGCUGCCUUCUCACCACUGAGGACGAAACAAAUGGGUAUGUUAACCCAAACAGGGGAUGGGCGAUUGCUCACAGGCCUCUCUACUUGCUGAGGUCACAAAAAGCCCAAAGAUUAAGAUGUCACCAACUGAUCACUGAUAAAUAAAGUGGAUUUGCCUUUUCA